AUUUCCAGUUAUUGUUCUAGUUUCACGAGUAAACAGCAUGGCUUUUCGUUCACAAUUUUGUCAUCCUAAACUCAAACACUUACUGCUUCCAAGCGCUUUAUUUGUUUGUGGCUUGAUUAUUUUUAUUUGUGGAUUGGUAAGAACCUUUCAUGUUGGAGAAAAAAUGCCAAGAAAUGCCGAAGAAAGAAAAACUGUUCAAGCACGAAAUGAAUAUGUUGAAUGGUGGAAUGGCUCUCCUCUGAUGCUUAGUGCUCUGUUGGGAAUCGUUGCUGUAUUAUAUGAGAAACCGUUAGUUUUAAAAAUCGCUGUUUUUUCAAUUGCUGUAUGUUUUGUUCUGUCAAUAUUCUCGUUGAUGCUGGAUGCUGGUGAAUUAGCUUGGCUAUCUCUAAAUGUACACCAUAUGAAAUUCUUGAAAAUGGAAGGAUUUGUUUGCAAGGAUAGUUUUCUUAGGCACAAAGUCUACAAUUUUACAGUUUGUGAAUGUAAACUGGGCGAAGAAACUGGAUCGACCUUCUCUUUUUAUCUUAGUUGGACUACUUGUAAACUAUUACUUGCUCAGUAUUAUGUCUACUUUAUAAUUGUGUUCUAUACGUCGUGUUCCUGUGGUCUCUGUUUGUUCACGCUUGCCUAUUUUGUUCUUAAGCUUAAGUCGAUGUCACAGAUCAAAAAUGCUGGGAACGUGGAUGAGAAGCCAUUGAACGAAGACUUUGAUAAUCUUCAUGGUAGUUACGUCACAUCGUAAAUUCUUCAAUUACAUUGAACGAUAACUCAGUGCUUUCAUAUUUAACUUUACAAUGUCAAGAAAAAUGUGUAACAUGCAAUGUCAAAAAUAUGAAGAUUUUAAUUCAUUUCUAA